CCGACGCCGAGCACACCAGUGCAGCGGCCAUGUCUCAGGAGCUCGCUCGCGGUGGCCCGUCGUCCGGCGCCCCGGACCCGGGCCGGGACCCGACGCGCGAUCGCCGCUACUCGUUCGGCUUCGCGCUGCUGCGCGGCAAAAGGGCCAGCACCGAGGACGAGGGCACGCAGGCCAAGACCACCGAGUCGCGGAUCCAGGCGAUGCGCGGCUACGGCUUGGGCCUCUUCCUGCCCGAGGAGGCCUGGCGCUCGGACAACAUCGACCGGCUCAACCGCACCACGCUGCCCACGGACGUCACGCCGCCCUUCCGGCGCUACGAGCGGACGCUGACGCUGCGCUACCUGGAGGAGGACGUGUCCACGCUGAGCAACGAGGAGUACCUCUCGUCCCAGACGCUCAUCAAGCUGCGCCUGGUGCUCGGCUGGUUGGCGCUACUAGCCCCGCUGCCGCUGCUCAUGCAACCGGCACCGGCUUUCCACUGCCUCUACGUGGUGGUCACGACAAGCUUGCUGUGGAUCUUGCGACCCGUACCUCUCUGCGUGGCCGCCCUCUUUCCCGUCAUCGCCCUGCCACUCAUCGGGGUGCUCAGCACGGACAGUGUGUGCGCGUUCUACUUCAACGAGAGCAUCCUCCUGUGUCUAACGAGCUCCCUGAUGGCAGCGCUCGCCCAGCGCCAGGGCCUCCAGCGCUGGCUCACCGUCGCCUGCCUGCGGUGUCUCGGCGGAAGCCUGCGCUGCCUGCUGUUCUCGCUGAUGGCGACCACCGCGCUGAGCGCCAUGCUCUUGAGCGCGCCGGCGGCCGCCUACGGAGCCAUACCCGUGGCCGAGACGCUGGCCAAGGAGUUCCAGCGGAAGCCGCCGCAGCCUUCAUCGGCGGUCGCUGCCACCGGUCACGCCAACGACGCCGAGCCAAAUCCCGGGUUUGGUGGACAGUCAGUGGAUGACCUCUCCUUGGGGGAAGAGUGUGCUGACAGCAUUCGGAAGGUGCUCCUGAUUGCUGUGGUGCUUUCCGCCAUCAUUAGCGCCCCUGCUUGUCUGACUGGAGCCUCGGCAAACAUGUUCCUGAAGGGCUUUCUUGAAAUAGAAGGAUACCCGGAUAUGGUUACGUUCUCCAACUGGAUCACAGCCAACACCCUCUGCGUGACCGCCAACAUCACGGGCCUAUGGCUGUUCUUCGUUUUCUUAUAUAUUCGAAAAAUAGAAAGAGUGGAACCAGGCUUCCAAGAGUCAAUGCGGACCGCCGUUCAGGCCGUCGUUUCUACGGGAACCGAACGCGUGAAGCCAAGAGAAGGAGUCGUGAUUGUGAUAUACGCAGUGGUCCUCUUGAUGGUGUACUUUGAGUGGUCAGACUUCGGGCUUGGCUUGACAAAGUUUCUUGGCCUGACCAAAUGGAUCGACGAAACGACGCCCUUCGUUGUUGCGCUUAUCCUCGUGCUCAUUAUUUUACCGUCCGUGGCGUCCAGCGGCUACGAACGAAUUGCGUUUUGGUCGGACGUGGAAAUGUCCAUACCGUGGAGCACGCUGCUCGUCAUGGGUUCGGGAUUCGCUCUCACCAAGGCAAUGCAGAAGACGUCGCUGGUGUCCUUCCUGUCGUCCAGCGUCCCAACAAGGCCGCAGCUGUCGCUCACUUUCCUGCAGGUGGUGCUGUGCAUCGUGGUCUCCCUGGGUGCCGAGUUGCGUGGUGGUGUCGCACUGUGCUGCAUCAUCUCGCCCUUUGUGCUCAAGCUGUGCGAAUCCUUUCACUGGCAUCCCCUGAGGCUUCUUAUACCCGUCACGUUGUGCUGCUCCAUGGGGCUCUUUUUCUCCGUAUCCUCGCCGGCCAACAACCUGCUCAUGGCCAAGGAGCGCAUCAAUCUCAGCAACUUGGCAGUGUCCGGCCUGUUCGCCCACCUCAUUUUCGUGAGCACGGCCGUAACCAUGACGAACACCAUAGUCCCAACAGCGUUCAAUAUAACCACUCAGCCGUUGAGAAGGCAUCCGUGAGGCACUCGGAAUCGCGCAUUGUGCGUUUUCACAUAAAACCGAACUUCUCCGCUUGUUGUGGGACAAUUAAGCAACAAGGGUGGCUUGAUGCUCGCUUUUGUUUUCAUCAGACGCGCAUGCGCGAAGCUGACCCCAAACAUUGCUGAACAUAGUACGAAUGAGACGUAUCAUAUCGAUUAUAGGCACACAAGUUUAAUCUAGGCUGCAUCACCUAGCAUGCUAGCGGCCUGUUGCAGAACACACAGUCACAAUAAGCUCUUGAGAUCCUCAGGCAUCGAUGUGAGCUCGUGUGCGUUAUGUUGCAUUUGUGCAAAAGAAUAUGUGUAACGGGCUCUGCAUGAUAUGAGCGUAGACAAUCGUGCUAGCACGAAAGCACGUGUUCCCGACGUAGAUUAACGGCUUGUGCAGUCGUUACCUAGCCGAACUGCUCUGCAGUCUGCGUGUAGAUAUCUUUGGAAUCAUUGUAUUAGUGUUAGUGUUUGUGAAUGAGGCACAGCGCUUGUUCUUUAGGCGACUCCGUCAA